AUGCUUAAAGAGCGUCCAGGGAUGGCAGAAGUCCCUCAGCAGCAGAUGGGUGUUCCUGUGGUAAAAUUGGAGAAAGAGUUGCCAUGGGGCAGGGGAAGGGAGGAUCCUGGUCCUGAGACUUUUCGGCUGAGGUUUCGCCAGUUCCGCUACCAGGAGGCAGCCGGUCCGCAGGAAGCCCUCAGGAAACUCCAGGAGCUCUGUCGCCAGUGGCUGAGGCCCGAGCUGCACACCAAGGAGCAGAUCCUGGAGCUGCUGGUGCUGGAGCAGUUCCUGACCAUCCUGCCCCAGGAGUUCUAUACCUGGAUUCGGGAGCAUGGCCCACAGAGUGGCAAGGCCCUAGUGGCCAUGGUGGAGGCCUUCACAGAGAGAACGCUGGAGGCCAAGGCGGUUCCAUGCCACGUGCAGGGGGAGCAGGAGGAGACGGCACUUUGCAGAGGCCCUUGGGAAGCAGGUGUCCACCUGGGACCAGUGGAGGUCAAGCCUGAGUGGGGGAUGCCCCAAGGGGAAGGUGCUCAAGACCUCGACCAAGGCGCCGAGGAGCAGCUCAACCAGGACCCUGGUGCUGGGACACAGGCCUUCCAGGAGCCGGCUGUUCCAAUUCUUCAGGCUGGUCCUGGCCUCCCCACAGUGAACACUAGAGACCAAGAGAUGGCAGUUGGGUUCCUCACAGCUGGGCCCCAGGGGCUGGGACCAUUUAAAGAUAUGGCUCUGGCCUUCCCGGAGGAAGAGUGGAGGCAUGUGGCCCCGGCCCAGAUAGACUGCUUUGGGGAAUACGUGGAGCCUCAGGACUGUGCAGGCAUUGGGAGCAAGGAAAAAGAGGCCAAAAUCCAGCAGGCUGACCUCAAGGGGGCGCUUGCUCAGGGGACCUCAGAGAGGUUUGGGGAAGCUGCUCUCCAGAGCCCUGAGCUUGGAAGAACCUGUGAGCAGGAGCCUGGUCAUUCCAUGGGGAACAUGCCAGGGCCGCCGCCUCCCCCGCAUGGCAUCCUACCUGUUCCCGACGACCUCAAGACUCACAGCUCCUUCUGGAAGCCUUUUCAGUGCCCUGAGUGUGGAAAAGGCUUCAGCCGGAGCUCAAAUCUCGUAAGACACCAGCGAACCCACGAAGAAGAGAAAUCCUAUGGCUGUGUUGAGUGCGGGAAAGGGUUUACUCUGAGAGAGUACCUCAUGAAGCACCAGAGAACCCACCUGGGAAAGAGACCCUAUGUGUGCAGUGAGUGCUGGAAAACCUUCAGUCAGAGGCACCACCUGGAGGUCCACCAGCGGAGUCACACGGGGGAGAAGCCCUACAAGUGCGGGGACUGCUGGAAAAGCUUCAGCCGGAGGCAGCAUCUUCAGGUGCACCGGCGAACUCACACUGGGGAGAAGCCCUACACCUGCGAGUGCGGCAAGAGCUUCAGCAGGAACGCCAACCUGGCCGUGCACCGGCGAGCCCACACCGGGGAGAAGCCGUACGGGUGUCAGGUGUGUGGUAAACGGUUCAGUAAAGGGGAGCGGCUGGUCAGGCACCAGAGGAUUCACACAGGGGAGAAGCCCUACCACUGUCUUGCCUGUGGGAGGAGCUUCAACCAGAGGUCCAUUCUCAACCGGCACCAGAAAACUCAGCAUCGCCAGGAGAUUCCCGUGCAGUAA